AAACAACGACAAAGAAGAAAAAGAAGCAACGUAGUGCGGAAGUGUACACAGCGUUUGGGCUUUUUAGCGAGAAUUUCGUUAAUAAACGUUUAUAACCGUUUAUUUAGCUAUUUAUGAAACUUCUUGCACGCAUCACAAAAAUCAAACAUAUACGAUGUCUUUGACAGAAAGGAUGAAUUGUAGAGGAUUUUGUACCAAGUCAACACCACUUCUAUUCCAGCUGACUCGCUCCAAGACGUAAAUACGACUGCUGAUCUGUAACCUAAUCAAAUGUGCAGGACGUGAGCAGCAGGAUUACGCCACAAAUGGACAAGUGAGCGGAGAAAUUACAGCAUAUUGUAAAACAUGUUCGGUGGUAUAUUAUCAGUAUGGUUUCGGUUUGGAUCAAGCCGCCAUGGGUUCUGUAUGGGGACAGCUUCAUUGAUAACACUCAUGCUGCUGAUGUAUGCGGGAGGACUCCAGGCGAGUCUCAGCGUGGGUCCAGGGGGAGACUUCCCAAAGUUCAGAGAUGUGUUCCUCUAUGCUCUCAGUCAUGACGAGUUUCCCUCUCUGCUCGUCAGCGUCAGUCUCCUCCUGCUGCUUGGACCCUGUCAGGAGCGACGCUGGGGAACGGUAGCCUUCCUCUCCCUCUCCGUCCUCACAAUGGCCACGCUACCACUUCUUUACACCCUCGUCCUCUUUGUUGGCGGGGCUGAGGCGAGUCGCGUCUGUGGUUACGCGGCCACCCAGCUGGCCCUGUUUACAGCGCAGUGUCGUCAGCUGACACAGAGGAGGCUGAUGAGGUGUUUGCCUGUCUGGCUUCUGCCCUGGAUUUUUCUGCUGAUUGCUUUGCUCCUGCUUCCAGGGACACCAGCCCUGCUUAAUUUCUGUGCAGUCUGCAUUGGACACAACUAUAAUCAGCCACUUAUCAGGAUGUUACAAGAGCUGGAGGAGAGCAGAGUCACAGCGUUAAUUCCUGCUUGGGCAUAUGUGCCCACUUCAGCCAAUUUCAGAUUACCCACAUAUACCACUACAAGAACUGCUACAAACCAGGCAGCUGUUCCUCCCAUAAGGGAUUCCUCUGUUUCAAACCACCAUCCAUGGAAUGAGCCUCUGCCUGCCUGGGUAAUGGAGGAGGCCGCUGCAUUGUCUGAGGCAGAAGUGUUGGAUGAACAGAUGCUAAGGGCGGGGAUACUGGCCUCAUUGCAGGAUGCUCCCGAUGACCCUGAUGCAAAAGUGGAGGUGCCUAAAUCAUCAGUUUCCUCUCUUCGACUCCAGCAGCUGGAGAAGAUGGGCUUCCCCACGGAGAAAGCUGUAGUGGCAUUAGCAGCAACAAAACAGCUAGAUGGCGCCAUCUCCCUGCUUAUUGAUGACAGCGUUGGAGAGCAAGCUGUGGUGGUAUCUAAGGGAAAGGGCUCUGCUCCCCUGCAGAGCUCCUAGCCCACGUCACACCCCAUCGUUUAUGUUUGUAUCGUUGUUUUGGCUCCUAAACUGGACAGACACUAUGCUUGGGUUUUACUGAGCCUCCACAUAUAUUUUUCCUGUGGGCUAUUUGUAAAACUUUUUUAAUGAGUGUAAAACUAUCAACACAGACUUAACUAUUUGAGACAGUCUGUAUAUCUGUACACUGGAGAAGGUCUUUGUUAUUUAUUCAUGUUUAUGAAUGAACACAUGGAAGACAAGUGAGGUGUUAAAAAACAGUGAACAUUAUUUAUUACACCGAUCAUUUAGACAUGAUUAUCUUAACACAAUACCACAGAAAAAAGGUUCAAAAUAUCAAACGGUUACACAACAGCAUACAAAAUAAACUACAGUUGAUCAUUUUAAAUAGAUUCACAAUAAGUUUGAUAUAUAAGAUGAAAAACAAUUAUCAAGUCUCCUCAUCAGAACAGUUUAAGCAGUUUACCAACAACAGUGGUAAAAAUAUGUUCACGUCCUCUUAACAGUUUAGUUUCCUCUGUGUGUGGUUGUGUGUGUUGAAGAUGUUGAAUGAAGUGCUUCAACCACG